CCAUCCAAAAUUGUAAAAGCUAUUAUUUCCGACUUUCAAUAUCAAAAUACACACACACACAUAUAUAUAUAUAUAUAUAUAUAAAGGUCACGUGGUAUGAAUUAAGCCACGGGAUGAAGGUGGCCUGUAUUUAAGUUUGACAAUAUUUUAGCUGACGUUGUUGUUUUAUCUUGUUUGGUUUCAAGUUUUAGUAAAACAAUAAAAUAAAAAAAAUUAUAUUAUAUAAAUCUAUUUCAGUAGCCCUAUUAAAAAAAAAAAAAAAAAAAAGAGCCAUUAAUUACAAGAUCAGCAGCAAGCAAGCAAACCAUUUGGGCAACAAUGCCGUUGUGUUCUUCCAUCUAUGACUGGAAAAGCUAUAUAUUCAUGCGAAGUCUACUUGUUUUGCUUCUCUUCGGAUCAACUGCUUUAUGUGGCUCAAUCAUAAAGACUUUGCCAGGCUUCCCUGGGAUUCUACCUUUCAAACUUGAAACAGGAUACAUCAAGGUGGAGAGCUCUGAGUUCUUUUACUAUUUUGUGGAAUCUCAACGAAAUCCAUCCAAGGAUCCUCUUAUACUUCAUCAAUUGGGAGGGCCUGGCUGUUCGGGUUUAAAUGGGUUUUUCAGCCAAAUAGGUCCACUGGUUUUCAAUUCAUCUACUUAUGAAGCAACUUUACCGUCACUGCAGCUGGCCUCAUAUUCUUGGACUGAGAUAUCAAGUGUAAUAUUUAUAGAUGCACCUAUUGGCACGGGUUUCUCCUACUCAACCAAUCCAGAAGAUUAUUUUUUGUCAUCAGAUACAAAUACAGGGUGGAUAGUUAACAAGUUUAUGAGAAAGUGGUUAGAAGAUCACUUAGAAUUCAAGGAGAAUCCCUUUUUCGUUGGUGGUGAUUCAUAUGGUGGACUAUUAGCUCCUAUUUAUGUACGAGAAAUUUUGGAGGGUAAUAAAAUGGGACAAGAGCCUUUUAUCAAUUUGAAAGGAUAUUAUGUGGGAUCGGCACAUACAGACACGGACAUUGAAGAAAAUUCAAAAAUUCCUUAUGUUUAUCGUAUGGGACUUAUAUCAGAUGAUUUAUACGAGAGAGCGAAAGAAAGUUGUGGUGGAAAUUAUGUCAAUGUCGAUGCCACAAAUACAAAUUGUCUCAAUGACCUUGCUAAAAUUGACCAGUGUACAAAACACAUUAAUGAACAUCAUAUACUGCGAACCUACUGCGAACAAUUUGCGGUCCAAUCAAAGAAAGAUAAUCAAAUUCAAGCUCGAAGAUCCACUGAAGAGAUGAUUUGGUGCGAGGAGAAUAUCCGGGGUUUAGCCUUUGAAAAUUGGGCAAAUAACAAGAGAGUUCAAGAUGCACUUCAAGUUCGAAAGGGAACAUCUAAAAAAUGGCAUAGAUGCAAUAUCGAGGAUGUAAGUGAAGGAACUUACAUAUACGACGUUAAGAGUGGCAUUGGCUAUAACAAGAAUCUUACCAACUCAAGCAUAGAAGUACUAGUUUACCUUGGUGACCAUGAGCUAGUAAUUCCACAUAUAUCAGCCGAACAAUGGAUAAAGUCCCUUAAUCUGACGGUUCACAAUGAUUGGCGACCAUGGUACACGGCUGACCAAGUUGCGGGGUACACAAUGACAUACAAAAAUUUUAACUAUAGGUUGACUUAUGCAACUGUGAAGGGAGCUGGUCACUCUCCUACUGAGUACAAAAGGAAAGAAUGUUUUGGGAUGAUUCAAAGGUGGAUGAACAAUUCUCCUCUCUAGAUAGUAUGCCUUUAAAACUGCAUACUAUCAUAUAAUAAUUUAUAUUAGUUUCUAAAUGGGCUUGAUUUACUUUAACAAUGCAACUUGUCUCUACAUUUAUGAACUAAGGUUUUUAGUCAUUGAGCAAUGUAAGACUCUACAUUAAUGGACUAUGGUUUUUGAUUAUUGGACUAUUAAAAUUGAUGCUUCCAUCAACUAACAGUAUAUAAAUAUUAGAAGUUAGAAAUCUCAUAUCUAUGGGUGUUUUAAACUUCCAAUUCUUGUAAUACAAUGCUGGAUGAGCAAAUUUUAAUUGUUAGGGAAUGAUUUGUCAAAAGGAAUAAUCCCAUGGAACA